AUGUCAUUCAACACUGAAGAUGAAUUAUAUUCUAUCGUCAUUGAUAAUGGUUCUGGCACAAUCAAAGCAGGUAUUGCUGGUGAUGAUUCACCUCGAGUAAUUAUUCCUAGUGUAAUUGGUCGUCCACGUCAUCUGAAAACUUCAACUGAAACGACUCAAGCAGAUCUAUCCAUUGGGCACAAAGCAUUAUACAGGAAAGAUAUUUUAUCUAUCCAUUAUCCAAUUGAACAUGGUAUUGUUACAAAUUGGGAUGAUAUGGAAAAAAUUUGGCAUCAUACUUUCUAUGAUGAACUUCGUGUUGCACCAGAAGAACAUCCUGUUUUACUUACUGAUGCACCAUUGAAUCCUAAAGCAAAUCGUGAAAAAAUGACACAAAUUCUUUUUGAACAAUUCAACACGCCUGCUAUGUAUGUAGCAAAUCAGGGUGUUCUUUCAUUUUAUUCCUUGGGUAGAACAGCUGGUAUUAUUCUUGAAAGUGGUGAUGGCGUUUCGCACACUAUACCAAUUAAUGAAGGUUAUGCUAUACAACAUGCAAUUAACCGUCUUGAUAUAGCUGGACGGGAUUUAACAGAUUUUAUGGCUCGAUUAUUAGCCGAGCGUGGUUAUGCAUUUACGACGACAGGUGAACGUGAAAUUGUUCGUGAUAUUAAAGAAAAAUUAGCAUAUGUUGCAUUAGAUUUUGAACAAGAAUUAAAAACUGCAAAUCGUUCGAAUAGUAUCGAGAAGAACUAUGAAUUACCUGACGGUCAAAAGAUAACAAUUGGUAAUGAAUGUUUUCGAUGUUCGGAAGCUCUUUUUAAACCGACAAUGAUUUAUCAACGAGAAUUAGGCAUUGCGAAAUUACUUAAUGAUGCAAUAAUGAAAUGUGAUAUCGAUAUACGAUCAGUUUUGUAUGCGAAUUCUCUUUUGUCCGGAGGAACAACUAUGCUUCCGGGUUUCGCUGAACGAAUGAAAAAAGAAAUGACAGCACUCGCUCCACCAAAUGCAAGAGUUCGUAUUGUUGCUGCAUCUGAACGAAAGCUUAGUGCAUGGAUUGGCGGUUCUAUUCUAUGUUCAUUAUCAACAUUUCAAACAAUGUGGAUAACAAAACAAGAUUAUAAUGAAUACGGACCAUCGAUUGUGCAUCGAAAAUGUAUUUGA